UUUCUCGAAUGGCGCCGCCAAGUCGGAUGCGAAGUUGGCGCAGCAGCACGAGUGCGCGAACGGUAAGCAGUUGAAGGUGCUGGCGGUGACUGCCGAGGAGGUGAACUUCUCGGAUGGCGUCGCUGAGUCGGAGGCGAAGUUGGCGCAGUUCGAGGGCGUGAGCGGCAAGCAGCUGAAGGUGCUGGCGGAGUCGGCUGAGGAGACGAGCUUCUCGGAUGACGCUGCCAAGUCGGAGGAGACGCUGGCGCAGCCCGAGGGCAGUGGCGCUGGCUCGUCGGGGGACCGCUUCGAUCAGGCGGCCGUGAAGCUCCAGCAGCAGGGCCUCGUCCAGUCGCUCUUGGUGGGCCUUGAGAUCGGGGCCUUGUCGGAGGCGGCCCAGGUCAUCCAGACCGCCGUGCAGCGG